UUUCUCAUCUCUCGUAUCCUAAAAUCCAAACGAAGGCUAAGAGUUUAGGGGCACACCCUUCUUCUCCCUCCUGCCCUGCCUCUCGGUUGCUUGCUACUGCUGCAGCACCGCCUCACGCCGUCAAGGCAGGUUCUUGGAGCCAAGAAGGGCUCAACGUGGGAGGGGCGGCAUGUCUAACGCUGGCGGCGGGACCGGGCGCGGGCCGCGGCUGCCGCGGUGGACGCGGCAGGAGAUACUGGUGCUCAUCGAGGGGAAGCGGGUGGUGGAGAGGAGCGGGCGCGGGCGGGGCAGGGGAGGAGGAAGCGAAGGCGGCGCGGCGGCGGAGCCGACCAAGUGGGCGGCGGUGGCGGAGUACUGCCGGAGGCACGGCGUGGACCGCGGGCCCGUGCAGUGCCGGAAGCGGUGGAGCAACCUCGCCGGAGACUACAAGAAGAUCAAGGAGUGGGAGCGCAGCUGCGGCUCAGUGCCAGGGAAAGAGAUGUCGUUCUGGGCCAUGCGCAACAACGCGCGCCGGGAGAGGCGGCUCCCGGGGUUCUUCGACCGGGAGGUGUACGACAUACUCGAGGGGCGCGGCGCCGGCUGCCGUGGCACCAGCGGUAAUGGGGCGGCGGCGCGCCUGGACUUGGAGCACGUGGAGGGAAAGGAGAAGGAGAAGACGGUGAUCGACAGUGGCCGCGGGGCCGCGGCCGGCGAGUGCGGGCUGUUCUCGUCGUCUGAGGAGGGGGAUGACGACGAAGACGAAGCGGCCACGCCAGGUCCGACGCCGACGCUGCCGCCGGCUCCGGCUCCGGCUCCGGCUCCUGCUGUGGUGGCUGUGCCCAUCUCCGAGAAGAAGACUGAAGUGCCCAGGCAGGAGAGCUCUGAGCAAGCAGGCACAUCGAAAGGCAAGCAGCCAAAGCAAACUACGGAGGACUCACCAGUGCAGGGUGGACAGAAGAGACAACGCAGCAGUGACGACACUUCUGGAGGAACCACUGCUGACCUGCAGGGCCAGUUAAUCGAGAUCCUAGACAGGAGCAGCCAUAUGGUGGCGGCACAGCUGGAGGCGCAGAACAUCAACAGCCAACUGGACAGGGAGCAGAGGAAGGACCAAGUGAGCAGCUUGCUUGGUGUGCUUGGCAAGGUGGCUGAUGCCCUCUACAGAAUAGCUGAUAAGCUGUAGUCACCAAGCCCACAACUGUAUGUCUCGAGCACAGUAAAUAAUUGCUGCAAAAACAGAAAAAAAAACAAGAGAAUGGAAAAGCAUUCCAUUUAUGAGAAUGUACAGAUUGUUUUUUCCCGUGGGAUCUGUAUGUGUACCCCAUGGCUCCAAAAUUAUGUAUUCUGCUGACUCUGGGAUCUGCAGAAGAAAGGAAGUGUA